AUGGAACUUGCAAAGUGUGAAAAGUGGCGGAACCCGUGGGACGGGGAGGCUAAGCCGUAUCCGUGGGACUUAAGCAGGCUUGUUCACGUUCUUGGCCAGGCAACGGCGCCGAAGGUCACAGUUGCGAAGCAGCUUUGGUGCGUACAGGUUAUUUCGCGUUGCAUAGAGAAUACAAAGCCCCACGAGCAGGUCGAAAUACGACGAAAUUGCCAGCUAUUAUCGACGCUACAAUAUUUUCUUUCCCAGUCGAUAUCGACGCCGUUGGGGGCACGACUUCGUCAACGCACUCUUUUGGUGUAUCUUCGGCUGCUCGGAUUGGAUUUGGCGCUGGAUGAGUUGCUUGUGAUGGAUGCUGGCACAGUCAACGUGUUGGUAGCUGCACUCGGCGAUGGGGAACACGCUGAAUUGAAUCACGUGGCCAUAUUGUUGGCGAGGCGUGUUUCGGAACUCCCUCAUGUGAGUUCCGUUCUGGUCUUCGAGGACCGCCUCUUCGAUGCGUUGCAAGAUCUCUUAGAACUGCGGCAGCUGUCACCACAGGUGAGAAAGCAUAUUAUCUACCUCUUCGUCAAUCUCUCUAGACACCCCAAGCUGCACUUUAAACUUGCGAGGUCACGUCGCGUUGUGUUCUUCGCCAUUGAGACACUUCUUCGUGUACUGAAGAUGGAGGUUGUGGAACGGGCCUCAAGAAAGGUGCGUCGCGUGGUGAACUCCGCUCCAGCGCUAGGUGGUGAACCUAGUGUGACAUCACGAAGGCAAGAAACUCCAGCCAUUGCCCCUGUACUGUCUAGGGACGUUGGAUGCGCCCUGAAGCACAUGUACGCGGUUGUGCCUUGUGCGAUGAUCAUAGCGAACCUUCUCUCAUUUCCCGACAAUCGGGCAACAAUGCUGACUCUGUACCCGGAGCUUUUGUGUGCACUGGGGCUCUGCGACUCACAAGCGGUGUCGGUCAGACUGUGGGAAGUGGCCCGUUGCGCGACAGAUUACUUGCACGAGGAUGCGGCGACGAUGGAGACGCAGCUGCUGAUGCACCUCGAACCCCCAAAGGCGGACGAUGGGGCUGCUGGCGCUGGUGGAUUGGCGUGA